AUUGUUAUUCGCAGCUUCUUCGAAAGGUCCUAGGCUUUUUCUCGCAUCCUUCUCUCCCUUCCAUAAUCCAGCGGAUUCCGAGCUUCGUCUCCGCUGUCACCCAUGGCCCCAAUUUCCUCGAAUCCCCUCCUCCCCUCCUUAUAUAACCCAUCCCCUCCCCCUCCUCUCCCCCGUCCCAUUCCCCGCCGACCCAGUUCGCACCCAUCUCUCCCAUGGCGCACAGGCCCGUCGAAUUCGAGGACUUCCUCCCGAUCAUGGCGGAGAAGCUCGGGGAGGAGGGUCUGAUGCAGGAGCUCUGCAACGGGUUUCGUUUGCUCAUGGAUCCGCGGCGAAAGCUGAUAACUUUCGAGAGCCUGAAGCGGAACGCGGCGUUGCUGGGGCUGCAGGGGCUUGGGGACGAUGAGCUGAGGGGGAUGAUCCUGGAGGGGGAUGUGGAUGGCGACGGCGCGCUCAAUGAGAUGGAGUUUUGCGUGUUGAUGGUGAGGCUGAGUCCCGAGCUGAUGGAGGAGCCGAGGCGGUGGCUCGACGACGCGUUUCAGCAAGUGUUCGCUGGGGGGUUCACAAGCUAAGAUUUUGUUCCAAUUUCUCUCCUUUUUUUUUUUUUUUUUCUUCUUUUGGGGUUACUUUUUGGUUUAGUGUAAGUUUAGAUGGGGGGAUUGGUGGGUUUGGGUUUUGAUGUUCAUAUGCUAAGUUAAUUGGAAAUAGAAUGAAGUUUCGGAAAAAAAAAAAGAAAGAAAAAAGAAAUGAAAUCUCUGCAAAUGGUUCCCUUUUUUCAGUUUCACAUUGUUUUCUGGUGCAUUGUGCUUAGCUCUCCGUCCAACCGAAAAGGAACGCUGUUGCUUAAAUUCAUCAUUUUGAUGUAGAUAUGUACUGUGACGUAAUGGUGGAUUGAGAGGUGAAAUAAGUUUUUUGUUGCA